AUGGAGGCCGUGGAAACCGGGCAACGGCCCACCUUCGGAGCCUGGGACUACGGGGUCUUUGCCCUCAUGCUCCUGGUGUCCACUGGCAUCGGGCUGUGGGUCGGGCUGGCUCGGGGCGGGCAGCGCAGCGCUGAGGACUUCUUCACCGGGGGCCGGCGCCUGGGGGCCCUGCCCGUGGGCCUGUCGCUCUCCGCCAGCUUCAUGUCGGCCGUACAGGUGCUGGGCGUGCCGUCGGAGGCCUACCGCUAUGGCCUCAAGUUCCUCUGGAUGUGCCUGGGUCAGCUUCUCAACUCGGUCCUCACUGCCCUGCUCUUCAUGCCCGUCUUCUACCGCCUGGGCCUCACCAGCACCUACGAGUACCUGGAGCUGCGCUUCAGCCGCGCGGUGCGGCUCUGCGGGACUGUGCAGUAUAUUGUAGCCACGAUGCUGUACACCGGCAUAGUCAUCUACGCACCGGCCCUCAUCCUGAACCAAGUGACCGGGCUGGACAUCUGGGCGUCGCUCCUGUCAACCGGAAUUAUCUGCACUUUCUACACAGCUGUGGGCGGCAUGAAGGCUGUGGUCUGGACUGAUGUGUUCCAGGUGGUGGUGAUGCUAAGUGGCUUCUGGGUUGUCCUGGCCCGUGGCGUCAUGCUUGUGGGAGGGCCCCGCCACGUGCUCAUGCUGGCCCAGAACCACUCCCGGAUCAACCUGAUGGACUUUAACCCUGACCCGAGGAGCCGCUAUACGUUCUGGACUUUUGUGGUGGGUGGCACGUUGGUGUGGCUGUCCAUGUACGGCGUGAACCAGGCGCAGGUCCAGCGUUACGUGGCUUGCCGCACAGAGAGGCAGGCCAAGCUGGCCCUGCUCAUCAAUCAGGUGGGCCUGUUCCUGAUCGUGUCCAGUGCCGCCUGCUGUGGCAUCGUCAUGUUUGUGUUCUACGCCGACUGCGACCCCCUCCUUGCGGGGCGCAUCUCCGCGCCAGACCAGUACAUGCCCCUACUGGUGCUGGACAUCUUCAAGGACCUGCCUGGAGUCCCUGGGCUCUUCCUGGCAUGUGCUUACAGCGGCACCCUUAGCACAGCAUCCACCAGCAUCAAUGCCAUGGCUGCAGUCACUGUAGAAGAUCUCAUCAAACCGCGGCAGCAGAGCCUGGCGCCCAGGAAACUCGUGAUUAUCUCCAAGGGGCUCUCACUCAUCUACGGCUCAGCCUGUCUCACCGUGGCGGCUCUGUCCUCGCUGCUCGGGGGAGGUGUCCUCCAGGGCUCCUUCACGGUCAUGGGAGUCAUCAGCGGCCCCCUCCUCGGAGCCUUCAUCUUGGGAAUGUUCCUUCCCGCCUGUAACACCCCGGGCGUCCUCUCGGGACUGGCCGCGGGCUUGGCGCUGUCGCUGUGGGUGGCCCUGGGCGCCACCCUGUACCCACCUAGCGAGCAGACCAUGAGGGUCCUGCCGUCGUCGGCUGCCCGCUGCGUGGCUCUCUCAGCCAACGCCUCUGGCCUUCUGGACCCGUCUCGCCUCCCUGCUAACGACUCCAGCAGGGCCCCCAGCUCAGGAAUGGACGCCAGCAGAUCCGCCUUAGCUGACAGCUUCUAUGCCAUCUCCUAUCUCUAUUAUGGUGCCCUGGGCACACUGACCACUGUGCUAUGCGGAGCCCUCAUCAGCUGCCUGACAGGCCCCACCAAGCGCAGUGCCCUGGCUCCGGGAUUGUUAUGGUGGGACCUUGCACAGCAGACAGCAUCAGUGGCCCCCAAGGAAGAAGUGGCCAUCCUGGAUGACAGCUUGGUCAAGGAUCCUGAAGAAGUCCCCCCUGGAACCAAGAAGCCCCCUGGCUUCCUGCCCACCAGUGAGGACCGUCUGUUUUUCCUGGGGCAGAAGGAGCUGGAGGGGGUGGGCUCCUGGACCGCCUGCAGUGGACAUGAUGGUGGUCCGGACCAGCGGGAGACAAACCUCUGA